GAUUUUUUAAGAUAAUAAUAAUAAUAAAAAGUCUAAUAAUGGAGUCUAAGUUUGUGAUUUUCUUGCUGUUUGUCUUUAUGGCUGACAUGACUUCGGUCGUCAACAGUCAGAAGAGAACUACGGUGAGUUUGUCGUGUUAUGAUAUCUAGGCACGGGGGUUUAUGUAUGUAUACAUUUAAUAAUAAACUUAACUUAACCUUUUCAUACUGGAUAGCUAUAUCAGUUCCAAUUAAACUGUCCGCUAGUGAAACUUGCUGAUAAAAGCAGUCAUUUAUUGUUGAGAGCUGUCGUACGUUUAUUCUUGGCAUUUUGUUUUUGCUGGCUUAACAUGUAUUCAAAACAAACAAGAAAUGAUUUUAUUAUGCACUAAAGUCAAACUUUAGUCAAUUCAUGCCUGGAUUUUAGGGCGUUUUAACUCCACGAUCUCAUUUCUGAUGGAGUACACGCAUUUGCACACUAUAUUCACUCGUUUAACUUAAGCGCCGCGGUGCUCUUUAAAUUUUCAGUGUUACAUGAUGCGGCGCUUAUUUGAGGGAGGCGCUUGUUCGAGUGCGACGCUCUUUAUGAGCGUAUAUCCACACCAAGGAAGCUCGAAAAAUAUGCCUGGCCACGAUGAUGGCCACGGUGGUGUCAGCGUAACAUCACAAGCAUCAUAAUCACCUGAGUACAUUACACCAACACAGAAAAAAUUAGAAAGACUUGUUUACAGCUCUUUCAUGAAGCAGUGGUUUGCGUCAUUAUACCAUUUAAAUAUCUUUACAAAAUAUGUUCGUCUUUUCAGGCGACCUGUGGUUCUCCAGGUAUCCCUGGUAUUCCUGGAAAUCCCGGAAAAAAUGGCAUGCCUGGGUCACGUGGUUCUGCUGGCGCGAAAGGGGAGCCUGGGGAGAGGGGAACUUGUGGUUCUCCAGGUAUUCCUGGCGUUCCAGGAAAUUCCGGAAGAGAUGGCAUGCCUGGGUCAAGUGGUCCUGUUGGAGCGAAAGGGGAGCCUGGGGAGAGAGAAAGUGAUGACGUAGAUCUGGUGAAGUCAAAUUGGAAACAGUGUGCUUGGAACAGACAGGAUGGCAAAGACACUGGCUUGAUACAGGUUUAAGAAAUUAAGGGCUGUUCGAGCGCGUUUUUAAAAAGAGGAACCGCAGGCGAGCCUUAUUAAAGGGGCAGUGUCACCGAUUUUGACCCUCGCAAAUCUUUAGGAAUCUUGCAUAAAACCCAAAAAGAACGGUUGUAAGCACAACAUAAAACAAUAACAAAUACAAAAAGCAUGUACAGAAGUCUGGAUGGUUGAGAUUAGGCGAGGAUUGAGAUGCAUGGAUUAUAACUACUGACAUAUUGAUUAAUUGUUGGCGGACACUUUUUCAAAUUUAGGUCAAUUCGUAUGAAAACGUCGUCUUUCAUGCUGUGUGGAAGUUCAAAGUUGUUUAAUAUAAUUCGUAUAUCAUAACUGAGCCUUUUUAAAAUGUUUAUUUUCAAAUUCGCAGAUCAGACUUUGAAUAAAAAACAAUUAGGGUUAAAAACUGUGACACUGCCCCUUUAAUUUACAGGGAUUUUGAAAUCCUUGUAAGACCAAAAUCGAGUAUUUGAACUGAAUUUCUUCAAACGUUGUAACAGACCUUUCUUGUAAUUACAUUGCAACUGACGCUGUUUUUAACUUAGCACCUCGUUAAAUGGAAUGAACUUUAAGUCUGUUUGUUUGGCCAUGGCCCUCAGCCUCGUUUUCGUCUUUAAGCUUAUUUCUACAUUUAAUAGUCAAAAUCCAAAAUUCGUUUUUAUGCAUGUGUUGACGAAGGAUGUUCUGCGUCUCUGACUAUAGCCGGUGAGAAACAAACUUGAAAUCUAUUCCAUUCAAGGUGCUGCUAACUUGAAAACAGUGAAGUUGUGACGUAAUUACCGGAAAGAUCUUUUACAUAGUGUUAUUUAAAAUCUGAUUUUAAAACUCUGGUACUUUAGUGUCCUGUAGGACAUCUUCCUUUAGUUUCUGCUGUGAAUUCAUGAGUUUGAGAAAACAUUCUUACAAACUACUUUGGUAGCAAAGUUUAAAUGUUUAGUUCAAACUUGGCUAAGUUUCCGGCCAAUUUCAAAACGGUGAAUUCUUAGCCUGCAUACAUUUUAAUCAUUACCUAAUCCUAUGGACUAGGUUUAUCUUUAGAUUUGGCCUGACUUUGUUGGGAUUAGACUUGGAUUAGGGCAAUGGUUAAUCCCAAACUAACUAUACUCGAAACCAACGUCCCAACCUUAAGCUAACUCUAGUAAUCCUAACCCCAAUCUAAUCCUAACUCUGAACUAAUCUAAUCUUUAACGUAAGCUUAGUUAAUGAGUUUGAGAAGAUAUUCUUAAAACCCUUACAUAACCCUAAUCUAAUGCUAACAUUAAUCUGAUCUUUAUCUUCAACGUAAUCUAUCCUAACCUUUUGAAGCCUAAUCUAAUCCUUACGCCAAUCUAAUCCUAACCCUAAUCCAAUUGUAAGCCUAAUCCAUACCAUAAGCCUAGUCUAAUCCUUACCGUAAACCUAAUCUAAUCAUAACCCUUUGAAGCUUGAUCUAAUUCUUACCCUAAACCUAAUCUUAACCUUAUCUAAUUACCCUUUGUGUGUUAUGUUCAUAUAGAACUGUAUUUUCAACAAGACAUAUAACAACACCUCACUCCGUGUGUUCUUCGAAGGAAACCUACGUACUUACGGCAGUGGUGCUUGCAAUCGAUGGUAUUUUACAUUUGAUGGUGCAGAAUGUACAAAACCAGCGACUAUUGAAGGAGUUGUUUACGUUAAAUCGACCCAAGUCAACCCCCUUCGUCACCGCCAUAUUGAAGGCUACUGUAAUCAGGUUCCUAAAGGUCACAUACGUGUGGGAUUCUGGAUAGGCAAGUGUGUGAGUGGUCAUGGUCUCGGAGAUGGUCAUACUGGUUGGCAUUCCAUGUCUCGUAUUGUGAUUGAAGAAGUUCCACCUCCUCAAGUCUAAUAUCAUUCAAGAACAAAGAAUAUUAUUCAUAUCAUACUAUAUAACCAAAUUAUACAAGUAUAUGGAGAAUAAACUGAAGUUAUUGUCAGUUAUAUUUCCCUAAUUGUCAGUAUUGUGUUUGAUGUUCAUACUACUCAAAUGUAUUCUACUCAAAUGUAUCACAAAAAAAUUGCCAUUGCUCAAACUCAAGAUUAAAUAAAAUACUUUCUCCAGCAUUACAUUAUAGUGUGCAUGGGAU